UGAACGCUCCCAUUCCUGGUGGCCUCUGAAAGUUGGCAACACUGCAGUAGAAACCCGCGAUUAAAAUAAUUCCAUUUCUCUUCUUUUGCGUCAAAGCAAAGUCGUAUUUCGUUUACGGUAUACACGUUUCGUGUCAUCAGACUUAAAACAUGCGUUACGUGGCUGCCUACCUUCUCUCAGUCCUCGGCGGUAAAGCCGCGCCGGCCGCAGGAGACAUCGAGAAAAUUUUGAGUUCGGUCGGUAUCGAAGCGGACGCCGACAAAGUUAAGAAAGUCAUUUCGGAACUCAACGGCAAGUCGAUCGACCAGGUGAUGGCCGAAGGUCGUGAGAAGCUCAGCGCGAUGCCCUCUGCCGGUGCCGCACCAGCCGCCGCCGCUGCUGGAGCCGCGCCAGCCGCUGCGGCCGAGGAUAAGAAAGGUAAAUUCCCCGUUUGUGGUAGAAAGGAACGUGUGCUGACUGUUUUUGUUACAGAAGCCAAAAAGGAAGAGAAGAAGAAGGAGGAGUCAGAGUCGGAAGACGAAGAUAUGGGUUUCGGACUUUUCGACUAAAGUGUUGUUUGUACAUUAUCGGUCGAUUUUGUAAUAAAUUUAUAAUACUUU